AUGGCCACGAAGCACAAUGCCGUCGGCAUCGAUCUCGGCACGACCUACUCUUGUGUCGGUGUCUUCAUGCACGGCAAGGUCGAAAUUAUCGCCAACGAUCAAGGAAACCGCACCACUCCCUCGUACGUCGCCUUCACCGACAGCGAGCGCUUGAUCGGAGAUGCGGCGAAGAACCAGGUCGCCAUGAACCCACACAACACAGUCUUCGAUGCCAAGCGAUUGAUUGGCCGCAAGUUCGAGGACUCUGCCGUCCAGUCCGACAUGAAGCACUGGCCCUUCAAGGUCGUCUCCGCUGAAGGAGGAAAGCCCAAGAUCGAGGUCGACUACAAGGGCGAGACCAAGACCUUCACUCCUGAAGAGAUUUCCUCCAUGGUGCUCAUCAAGAUGAAGGAAACAGCUGAGGCCUUCCUUGGAUCAACCGUCAAGGAUGCCGUCGUCACUGUCCCUGCCUACUUCAACGAUUCUCAGCGUCAAGCCACCAAGGAUGCCGGAGCCAUCGCUGGCCUCAACGUGCUCCGAAUUAUCAACGAGCCUACCGCUGCUGCCAUCGCUUACGGUCUCGAUAAGAAGGCCAGCGGCGAGCGCAACGUCCUCAUCUUCGAUCUUGGUGGCGGCACCUUCGAUGUGUCGAUCCUCACCAUUGAGGAUGGAAUCUUCGAAGUCAAGUCGACCGCCGGAGAUACCCAUCUUGGAGGAGAAGACUUCGACAACCGCAUGGUCAACCACUUCAUCGCCGAGUUCAAGCGCAAGCACAAGAAGGAUCUCGCCUCGAACGCCCGUGCCCUCCGCCGUCUGCGCACCGCUUGCGAGCGCGCCAAGAGGACCCUUUCUUCUUCGUCGCAGGCUUCGAUCGAGAUCGAUUCCCUCUAUGAGGGCAUCGACUUCUAUACCAACAUCACUCGUGCCCGCUUCGAAGAGCUUUGCGCUGAUCUCUUCCGCUCUACCAUGGACCCCGUCGAGAAGUCUCUCCGUGACGCCAAGAUGGACAAGUCGUCCGUCCACGACAUCGUCCUCGUCGGAGGCUCCACCCGUAUUCCCAAGGUCCAGAAGCUCCUCUCGGACUUCUUCUCCGGCAAGGAACUCAACAAGUCGAUCAACCCCGAUGAGGCCGUCGCGUACGGAGCUGCCGUCCAGGCCGCCAUUCUCUCCGGAGACAAGUCUGAGACCGUGCAAGAUCUGCUCCUCCUCGACGUUGCCCCGCUCUCACUGGGUAUCGAGACAGCUGGUGGCGUGAUGACUGCCCUCAUCAAGCGCAACACUACCAUUCCGACAAAGACAUCGCAGACCUUCACCACUUACGCCGACAACCAGCCCGGUGUGCUCAUCCAGGUCUUCGAAGGUGAACGCGCCAUGACCAAGGACAACAACCUGCUCGGCAAAUUCGAGCUCUCCGGAAUCCCGCCGGCGCCCCGUGGUGUGCCACAAAUUGAGGUCACCUUCGACAUUGACGCCAACGGCAUCCUGAACGUGUCUGCCACCGACAAGUCGACCGGAAAGGCCAACAAGAUCACCAUCACCAACGACAAGGGCCGUCUCUCGAAGGAAGAGAUCGAGCGGAUGGUGGCUGAUGCCGAGAAGUACAGGGCCGACGACGACGCCCAGAAGGACCGCAUCGGAGCCAAGAAUGGACUCGAGUCGUAUGCUUUCAACAUGAAGCAGACGCUCGAGGAUGAGCAGCUCAAGUCGAAGCUCUCGGAGGAGGACCGUCAGAAGAUCGAGUCCAAGUGCGAUGAGGUGCUCAAGUGGCUCGACUCUAACCAGACCGCCGAGAAGGACGAAUUCGAGCACCAGCAGAAGGACCUCGAGGCCAUCUGCAACCCAAUCAUCACCCGCCUCUACCAAGGAGCUGGUGGUGCGCCGGGUGGAGCGCCAGGAGGAGCCCCUGGUGGCGCCGGACCCGCUGGAGGACCGACCAUCGAGGAAGUCGAC